ACUCCAAUUUUCUCCAUUUUUUUUUUUGUCUAUUUCUCUUGUUGUGGAGAGAAAUAAUAAAACUUAUAAUAUUCGCUCGAGAUUCUUGGUUUCUUUGAGAAGUUGCAUGAAGAAAGAUUUAUUCAAUAAAUUCAAUUAAAGCAAGAAAUAGAAUCCUAGAGUUUUGGUGCAAAAUGGCUCCGAAAGCAGGCAAGGCAAAGCCGCAUAAAGCAAAGGGAGAGAAGAAGAAGAAAGAAGAGAAAGUAUUGCCAACCGUAAUCGAAAUUACAGUGGACACACUCGACGACUCCCAACUAACCCUCAAGGGAAUAUCCACUGACAGGAUUCUGGACGUAAGAAAGCUUUUGGCGGUCCAUGUAGAAACAUGUCAUAUGACCAACUUCACUCUGUGUCAUGAGAUGAGAGGACCUCGCCUCAAGGACUCCGUUGACAUCGCUUCACUCAAACCUUGCCACCUGUCCAUCCUCGAAGAGGACUACACGGAGGAACAGGCCGUCGCUCACAUCCGGCGCCUCCUCGACAUCGUCGCCUGCACCACCUCCUUCGGCUCGCCGAAGCCCACCGGUCGAGCAGCAACCAAGGAAACCAGUUCACCUGAUGGCGGUGGUUCCAGCCAUGUGUCUGAUGCUUCCGAAAGUGGAUCUAACCCGAAGGAGAAGGGCGACGCAGCUCUACCACUCUCCAUGUAUCCUCCGCCGCCGCUCGGCCAGUUUUAUGACUUCUUCAACUUUUCUCACCUCUCGACUCCUGUCCAAUACAUUAGAAGAUCUAAUCGUCCAUUCCUGGAGGAUAAAACAGAUGACGACUUUUUUCAGAUUGAUGUUCGGGUUUGCAGCGGGAAGCCGGUGACGAUUGUUGCUUCUCGGAAAGGGUUCUAUCCUGCCGGAAAACGUCCUCUUCUCUGCCACUCUUUGGUGGGACUUCUGCAGCAGAUAAGCAGGAUAUUUGAUGCUGCAUACAAGGCUCUCAUGAAAGCAUUCACUGAGCACAAUAAAUUUGGAAACCUUCCUUAUGGGUUUCGGGCCAACACAUGGGUUGUCCCACCUGUGGUUGCGGAUAAUCCAUCAGUCUUUCCUCCACUUCCAGUUGAAGAUGAAAACUGGGGAGGAAAUGGAGGAGGACAAGGAAGAGAUGGAAAGCAUGAUAAUAGACAAUGGGCAAAAGAUUUUGCGGUUUUGGCAGCUAUGCCUUGCAAGACGGUAGAAGAGAGGCAGAUUCGAGAUCGAAGAGCCUUUCUACUUCACUGCCUGUUUGUUGACGUUUCAGUUUUUAAAGCUGUUUCUGCAAUAAGAAAUAUCAUUGAAACAAAUCAGCAAACUGUCAGUGAUCCUUCCAGUUCGAUUUCACAUGAAGAAAGAGUUGGGGAUUUGAUUAUAAAGGUGACAAGAGAUGCCCCUGAUGCAAGUAUGAAAUUGGAUCGCAAAAAUGAUGGGACACAAGUUCUUGGAAUUUCACAAGAAGAACUAGCUCGAAGAAAUUUACUAAAAGGCAUAACUGCCGAUGAGAGUGCAACUGUUCAUGAUACUUCUACUUUAGGUGUUGUAGUUGUCAGACAUUGUGGCUACACAGCUGUGGUAAAAGUUGCAGAUGAGGUGAAUUGGCAGGGAGCUACUAUUCCCCAGGACAUUGACAUUGAGGACCAGCCUGAAGGAGGUGCCAAUGCCUUAAAUGUCAAUAGCUUGAGAAUGCUAUUACACAAGUCAUCCACACCUCAGUCAUCAGCUCAACGAUUACAGGGUGCAGAUUUUGAGAAUUUACAUUCAGCCAGUGCUUCAGUGAGGAAAGUGUUAGAGGAUAGUUUGCUGAAGUUGCAGGCUGAACCCUCUAAAAACUUCAGGUCUAUCAGAUGGGAGCUAGGAGCAUGCUGGGUGCAACAUCUACAAAAUCAGGCUUCUGGGAAAACUGAGUCCAAGAAAAGUGAAGACGCUAAGCCUGAGCCUGCUGUGAAGGGUCUUGGAAAGCAAGGUGCUUUGCUGAAAGAGAUAAAAAAGAAGACAGAUGUCAGAAGUGGGAGAAAUGAACAGGGUGAGGAAAUUAACCCAGUGAGCAACCAUGACAUGAGCCGGAAAACAGAUAGCAAUAAGCAGAAGGAAUUAGAAAAGAACGAUGAGGAAACGGAAAAUUUGUGGAAGAGUCUGCUUCCUGAAGCAGCAUAUUUGCGACUUAAAGAAUCAGAAACUGGUCUUCAUCUUAAGUCCCCCGACGAGCUGAUUGAAAUGGCACAUAAGUACUAUGCUGAUACUGCAGUUCCAAAACUGGUGGCAGAUUUUGGCUCCCUUGAACUUUCACCAGUUGAUGGAAGGACAUUGACAGAUUUUAUGCAUACGAGGGGCUUACAAAUGUCUUCCUUGGGGCGUGUGGUUGAGCUUGCAGACAAGCUGCCUCAUGUGCAGUCACUAUGCAUUCAUGAAAUGGUUGUUCGAGCCUACAAACAUAUGGUGCAAGCUGUUGUAUCAGUGGUUAAUAAUGUUGUUGACUUGGCUGCAUUAAUAGCGGCCUGUUUAAAUAUGUUGUUGGGAACACCAUCAAUUGAGAAUGGUGAUGAAGAUAUCAGCAAUGAUGAUAAAUUAAAAUGGAGAUGGGUGGAAACAUUCCUUUCAAAGAGGUUUGGUUGGCAGUGGAAACAGGAAAGCUGCCAGGAUCUGAGAAAGUUUGCCAUUCUUCGUGGACUGUCCCACAAGGUUGGGCUUGAGCUUCUUCCAAGAGACUAUGACAUGGACACUCCAUUUCCUUUUAGGAAGUCAGAUAUCAUUAGCAUGGUCCCUGUAUAUAAGCAUGUUGCAUGUUCAUCAGCAGAUGGGCGUACACUUCUGGAAUCAUCCAAGACCUCCUUGGAUAAAGGAAAAUUGGAGGAUGCUGUUAACUAUGGAACUAAGGCACUCUCAAAACUAGUGUCUGUCUGUGGUCCUUACCAUCGGAUGACUGCAGGAGCUUAUAGUCUUCUGGCAGUAGUCCUCUACCAUACUGGGGAUUUUAAUCAGGCAACCAUUUAUCAGCAGAAAGCGCUGGAUAUAAAUGAGAGAGACCUCGGACUUGACCAUCCAGAUACAAUGAAAAGUUAUGGAGACUUAGCUGUCUUCUACUAUCGCCUUCAACAUACAGAGUUGGCCUUGAAGUAUGUUAAUCGUGCACUAUACCUUUUGCAUUUAACUUGUGGGCCGUCUCAUCCAAAUACGGCAGCCACCUAUAUUAAUGUAGCAAUGAUGGAAGAAGGCUUGGGGAAUGUCCAUGUUGCUCUUCGAUAUCUUCAUGAGGCUCUCAAAUGUAACCAAAGACUACUUGGAGCUGACCACAUACAGACUGCUGCGAGUUACCAUGCCAUUGCAAUUGCUCUCUCGUUAAUGGAAGCUUAUACCUUAAGCGUUCAGCACGAACAAACUACCCUACAGAUACUGCAGGCAAAACUUGGGUCAGAUGAUUUACGUACCCAGGAUGCUGCUGCAUGGCUAGAGUACUUUGAGUCCAAGGCUCUUGAGCAGCAAGAAGCUGCACGCAAUGGUACACCUAAGCCUGAUGCCUCAAUCUCCAGCAAGGGACAUCUGAGUGUAUCGGACCUUUUGGAUUAUAUUGCCCCAGAUGCAGAAAUGAAAGCGAGAGAGGCCCAAAAGAAAGCUCGUGCAAAGGUUAAAGGCAAACCAGGCCAGAACUUGGAGGGAAUGGGGGAUGAUUAUCAGAAGGAUGAGAUUUCAUCACCAACUUAUCCUAUUCCUGAAAAGUCAAGUGACAAGGAAAACAAAUCUGAGGAACUCGUAGAACCUGCAAAGGAUCAAUCUGGCUCAGUUCUGCUUGAUCAAUUGAUGCCGAUUAGAUACGACAACCAGACACAGGAUGACCCCUCAGAUGAAGGAUGGCAAGAAGCUGUUCCAAAAGGUCGUUCACCUGCAUCUCGUAAACCCUCUGCUUCAAGAAGGCCAAGUCUAGCGAAACUUAAUACCGACUUUAUGAAUGUCUCCCAGUCAUCAAGGUAUCGAGGAAAGCCUGCAACUUUCACAUCCCCGAGAACAAGUGUAAAUGAGCCUGCUGCGUCUCAGGGAUCCAUUCCUCCUGCUCCUAAAAAGUUUGCUAAGAGUGCAAGCUUCAGCCAGAAGCAAAAUAAUCCAGGCACCUACCCCGGUGGAUUGGAGAAACCAGCUAACCCAAAGUCGGCUCCAGCUAGCCCAGCUUCAACCGAUCAAGUUUCCAAGUCUACUCCAGUGGUAACUCCAAUCACUGUUCAGGCAGCUGGUAAAAUAUUCUCUUACAAAGAAGUGGCUUUGGCCCCACCUGGGACAAUUGUGAAAGCAGUGGUGGAGCAGUUGCCAAAGGGAGAUCUUUUAACAGAAGCCAAUCCUGAAGCUAGGGACGAGACAGCUGUGAUAGAGGUCACACCUACUGAUGCGACAACAUUGAAGAUCGCAGCGGAAGCAGGUAAGAAACCAAUGGCCGAAAAGGAGCUUCUGGGUUCUCAAGAGAAACCAAGUAGCACCACUAAUGACAAACAAAAACCAGGGGACAGGGAUUCAAAGGCAGAACCUGUGGAGGAAAUAAAGGGCAGUGCAGCUGAAGACACCAAAGUGGAAGCUGGAAUAGGAGUAGAAAGUGUUGCCAUUGAAAUGUCAAAAACUGGACUUGCUGAAGUUGUCAGAUUUGAAAGCCCUGGUGCUUCUACAGAUCCAAGUGCUGUAGUUUCCAAUACUGAAUCAUUGAGAAAUAAAGAUUCAGACCAAUGUCCAGUUACCAAUGAUACAGCUCUGUUGCCAGAAAAAGAAGCUUCUAUUCCUAGAAAAUAUGUGCCAGAUGAAGAUUUUCCAGAGCUACGAAGUGGAGACGCAAAUCUUAAGCCAUUGCCAAAUGAAGGAGAAAAACAAGAUGAAACAGAAACAGGAAAAGAGACAACCAAAAAGCUUUCUGCGGCUGCACCACCGUUUAACCCUUCAACAAUUCCAGUUUUUAGCUCAGUGACAAUUCCUGGUUUCAAAGAUCAUGGAGGAAUACUUCCCCCUCCAGUUAAUUUACCUCCGAUUCUUCCAGUCAAUCCUGUCCGUAGAUCACCUCACCAGUCAGCAACAGCUAGAGUCCCAUUUGGUCCAAGGCUGUCUGGUGGCUAUAACAGAUCAGGAAAUCGGGUUCAACGCAACAACCCUAGCUUCCACAGCAGUGAGCAUGCUGGCGAAGGAAAUCACUUCAGCCCUCCCAGAAUAAUGAAUCCACAUGCUGCUGAGUUUGUGCCCAGUCCUUGGAAUGGCUACCCUGUCUCUCCAAAUGGCUUUCUGGCUCCCAAUGGGAUGCCAUUCUCUCCAGACGGUUCCCCUCUGUCCCCUGUGACGCCAGAUGGUUAUCCAGCAUCAACAAAUGGUACUCCUGUGAGUCAAAAUGGAUUUCUGCAAACUCUAGUAGGAUCAGUAGAAUCACCAACUGUUGUAACUGUUGAUAUUGGAGCUGAAAAUAAGGGUGAAGUAGCAGCUGAGCAGAGUCCUGAUAAACCCUCAGAAUUGGUUGGUGAAAAUUAUCUGCCGAGUGAGCAAAAACCUCCUCAAUCGCAUUCUCCUGACAAUGAAGUCAAUCAACCUGAAAUUGAAGACAAGACUGCAGAUGUGACCUCCAUAGCUAGUGAUGUUGUUGCCUCACAUGAAACUUGCAGUGAAGGAGAAGUACAGAGAAAAUCAAGCAAGCGCUGGGGAGAUUAUAGUGACAGUGAAGCUGAGAUUGUUGACGUUACAAGUUGAAUAAUGAUUUUGGACUAUUUUCAGAGGCAAGUUGAAUUCUUCAUAGCCAAGGCUUGUAUAGUUUUGAGACUGAUGAUCAUUGCAUAACCACAGUAGGCUGGGGUAAGGAUGGAAAAGUUUAUUCGAGUGCAAGAUUCCCUGGACAUGAUUAACAGUGAACCUCGCCGGUAUGAAAACUUUCUGAUACAGUUUGAUUUUGCGGCAAGAUGGAGGCAAUUUGAGAGACCGGUAUGCAAAGGCACAUACCAUGACCGCGAUCUGUUGAGUAUUUCAUUUAUGAUUCAGUUUUCCACUCUUCUCUUCCUUUUUUUUUUGGCCAUAGUUUUCAUUUGGUUCUCAAAUUAAACAUAAAGAACUGCGGAAGGGGUUGCAUCCUUCCUGGUUAUCUUCCCACUUGAGUAAGUUACAAUAUAAUAAUCAGUAAGGUACGCAAUGAUAAAGUUCCAUUUUUCUUUCUCGUCUCUGUAGCUAAAGAUUUGAUGAGAUAGCUUUGAUGAUAGUUAUUGAAUUGAACCAAAUGAAGUGUUUCCAAACUUCAUGGUUGAUACAUUCCAUAAAAUGCUGGGUCAAUA